AUGAAGGCGGCGGCGGCGGCGGUGCUGCUGGCCGGGCUGCUCGCCUUGGCCGCCCACUACGCGUACCUGCCUCUGCCCGGCACCGUGUCGGAGCCUUGGCGGCUCAUGCUGCUGGAUGCGUCUUUCAGGGCGGCGCAGCAAACGUGCAACCUGGCUCAUUACCUGGGACUUGGUCAUCACUUGAGGAUUCUGAACUUUAUCAUUGGUACAUUUGACAAGCUGAAUCACCAGCAUGGGGAAGGGAUGAAGAUAACAGAUGCCCAGUUUGACGGUGUAGAUAUCAGGGUGUACGAACCUCCCGCAAAGGCAGAGAAGAUCCUCAGGCGCAGCGUUGUCUAUAUCCAUGGAGGAGGCUGGGCCUUGUCCAGUACAAGAGGAAGCUUCUAUAACAAUCUGUGCUUGGUGAUGGCCGAAUCUUUGGAUGCUGUGGUCGUCUCCAUUGAGUACCGACUUGUACCCGAUUUCCAUUUCCCGGCGCAGUUCGACGACGUUCUGCAUGCCACGAGACACUUCAUGCGUCCCGAGGUCCUGGCUCAAUAUUCGGUUGACCCCAGCAGAAUUGCAAUUUCUGGUGACAGUGCGGGAGGAAACCUAGCAGCGGCUGUGUGUCAAGAGAUGAGUCAAGAUCAGAAUGAAACCAGCAGAUUUAAACUGCAGGCUUUAAUCUACCCAGUCCUUCAAGCGUUUGAUUUUAAUACUCCUUCCUAUCAGCAGAAUGAGUUCGCGCCCGUCCUGCCCCGAUUUGUCAUGGUGAAGUUCUGGAUAGACUAUUUCAAUGGGAACUAUGAGUUUGCCCAGUCCCUUGUGGUCAACAAUCACACUUCCCUGGACGUGAGCCAGGCCAGCUCCUUCAGGGACCGCGUGGACUGGACUUCCCUCAUCACUCCUCGUCUCAGAAAGACCUACAAACUUGUAACACCCGCAACAGGGAAAGUGGAAAUCCUGCAGGCGAUACCUUCGUUACUCGACGUUCGUGCCGCUCCGUUGCUAGCCGAGAAGCAGGUUCUCCGGCUCCAGCCGAAGACCUACAUCCUGACUUGCGAGAUUGACGUUCUGAGAGAUGACGGGAUAAUGUAUGCCAAACGGCUGGAGGAAGCUGGGGUGGAGAUAGCCCUGGACCACUUCGAAGACUGUUUUCACGGCUGCAUGAUCUUCACCAUUUGGCCAACCCGUUUUUCGGCAGGGAUUCGCACCAGGGACCACUAUAUCAAAUGGCUUAGUGAAAAUCUGUGAAGAAUGUCCUGCUUUCA